AAUCUGCUCAAACUGCACGCUCGCUAGCGCGGCGACCUGGCGUAGCAGCGUCGGCGGCGGCCGGCUCGCCGUCGAGGCCGCAUUGCCGACACUCGUCGCCGAGACUCUUGCCCACCCAGGGGAUCUCGCGCACCGGGCCCUUGAUGUGCACGCGCGCGAUCUCUGCAAUUUGCUCCCGUGCGGACUUGAACGCCUUCAGGUUGUGAAACAUGCAUUUCCGCGGGUCGAGCGCGCGCUCGUCGUGCUCCUUGGCGUGGGCCUCUAUCGUGGGCCACGGCACCGUGCGCGUCCCGUCCGGGCCCUCGGUCGCGGCCGCAUCAAAGGCUCGCUUAGCCUUGUCGUCGAAGAGGACGCCGACCUCGCUUUUUAGCCUUACUUCGGUGAGCGGUUUCCUGUCGGUCGACGCGCCUGAGCCCAUGUGCUAUCGCGGGCUGUUGUUCCUAUAUGGAGGUAUCUAUGUGCUCUGGGCUUGCAGGCUGCCCCCAAGUGCCAGAUCGCUGCGCGUAUGGGCAAUUCCUUUUUUUAAGGUGUAGCUGGUGUGUCGGCGCAGCCCCGAUACAACUUAAGCACAGCAGCUGCUCAGUCUCGGAUAAGCAGGAUCAUCGAUCAGCCAUCAGCUGAUCAGCCAGCGCCGAGGGAGAUGCCGAGGGCCCGGCUAGUGCCCGCGCGGCUCCGGCCGAAGACCGCCACGGCUCAGGACCCCGCCAGGCCCUCGCGACGCCCUCCGCCGCCGGCGGGAAAGGCCAGACCGAGGCG